CUGCGCGCCGUGCAUCGACGGCAGUUCUGCGCUGUUUAUUGUGGUUCGCCUGACUGACAGAGCUAUUCGCAUGUCUACGCGACACACUGUAUCACGUGAAGUGGUGAUUUGUCGUGGCGCCUACGUGCAAAUAGUAGAUAUUUGCCGCAUAAAUAAUUAAGUAUAUAUACGUAUAUUUUAUACAUACGAGUAUAUACAUGUGUGCGUGGGUUUGCAGACAUUGUUGUGCCAUUCUUGUACCGUCUGCCCGCACCGCAACCUGGUCUCUUUGUUUCGCGUCGGGGUGUUUGCGCGCAGGUUUGACCCUCUUUGUUUCACGAAGAGAGGUACAAUGCGAGCUAAUCGGGGAAGGGGGCAGCGGCGGGUCACGUACACACCGGUCGAGUAGUCAGUGCUUAGUGAUCUCCUCUCCACACAUCGAUGGCGUGACAGUGGUAAAAACAUGGCGGGCAGCAUUGCACGAGGCCGCUCCGUCUUUGUUGGCGCGCACGCGCGCGUAUGACGAAGAGCGUCACGCGACCGGGACGCUGUGGACAUUGCCAGCAGCCAUUGCUGUUUGUCGGACUCUGUUGCAAAUACUGCAGCUUUCGUUGUCACGUGAAAUGCGGAGACUCCUACCCGGGCAAGUGCAUCUUCAGAAUCUGUUCGCUAUCCAAGCUCACAAAGAACGCAGGCAAGGAAGUCGUCGAGAUGUUACAGACUCACGAGGUGAAUCGUAACAAGCUGCCCAGUAUAUAUAGUAGGUCAGUCAGCGUUCCCGCACAAGUCGCCCGCCCAGCAACAUGCAGCAAGAAGGAGCACGGCUCCUACUGCAGGCUCCGCCGUUGGCUAGCUCUACGCAAAGAGAAGAAGAGUGUCGCGGACGACGAGGCGACGCGUUGCCCGGAGCAACACGACGUCAUCUCUCUCGAGGCGUGCGCGACCGAGGAGAAGACGGCGGCGGCGGGGAUGACGACACAGCUGCAGGUUUUGAACCAGCAUGCAAACCUCGUGCAGACGUGCAGCUGUCCGUCGCCUAAGAUACGAAAACCAGCCGCCACUCCGCCGAACGUGCUCUGCAGCACCUGGCCACCUGCCGGCAGAAAGCAAUAUCGUCACGCUAUCUUCGAUGACGAUGAAUACGAUGAGACAUUCGCGUCGUUGCUCGGCUCCACGCUACAAUCCAACGCUCAUGCGACGCUGGAUAACGAGCAGGACAGCCUAGCGGAGUGGCACAUACCGUACGGAAGCCUGGAGAUCCGGGACAUCGUUAGACAGAGUCAGCGUGGAACAACGUACAGAGGGCGCUGGCAUGGUGACGUCAUGGUGCACGCCUUCCAGUCGAGCAGCCAGCUAGACGUGGACAGAUUCUGGGAGGAGGUGAAAGUAUUGAGCAUGAUACGUCACGAGAAUGUCGCCCUCUUUAUGGGCGCAUGCGUCGAACCGCCGAACCUCACGAUCGUCACGAGUAUGAGGAAAGGAGACUCGCUGUACCGCCACGUCCAUCUCGAUGCUGAUCGUCUUCCUCUACACUCAAAGAUCACGAUUGCCCGGCAGAUAGCACAAGGCAUGAGCUACCUGCACAGUAGAGGCAUAGUACUCAAGCGCCUUAGCUCCAAGAACAUCUACCUCGAGCCAAAAGUCAAGCUGUGUGUCGUUGACUGUGCGAUGAUGGAAAAGACCAUAGAGAGGGCGAACUACGGCUCGCUGCCCCAAGGCCAUAUCACCUACUUUAGUCCAGAGAUCAUGUGCAGCCUCAAGGUGGAGCCACCUCACGUGACGAGCAGCGGUCCCUACACGAUGGCGUCGGACGUGUACGCGUUCGGGACCGUGCUGUACGAGCUGAUGCAUGGCGAGUAUCCGUUCCGCGGUAGCAGCCCACACUGCAUCGUCUGGCAGGUGUGCCACGCACGCAGACAGGCGGUCAGCGACCUAAAGACGACACCGCAGAUAAAGCAGCUGAUCGAGCACUGCUGGACGACCAUGCAGCAUCGACCUAACUUCAAGUCCAUCCUAAGGAAGCUGCAGCAUGGAGUGCCGGCUGGCAUGCACAGGCGUCACAGUACGUCACAACCAGAGGGACUCCACAGAGCAGGACUGUGGAAUCAUUCCUACCCAUAACGGGAAUGAGAGGAAGCCGGCGGAAAUAAGCCCACCCUAUUCUAGUCACCACUGUAAAAGUAGAAAUUACUGUGUUUGACAAUACAGUCAACAUCUUAGUAACUACUAGCUUCUCAGUUCUACUGAGCCUCCUACCCCCCUUCAAUCUACGGAUUUGAGUAAUCCCGCAACAAAUAAUAUAUUUCUUUUGUGUAGUGUUAAAAUCGAAACCGUAAAGCACUAGAAUAGGGUCACAUUGCCUACAAACUACCUAUUAGUUAUACAAUAGGAAUGGUUAGGUGUAAUAUAAUUGUUACAUGGCAAUAGUUGACGUGAAAGCUCAAUUAAUUCUACAGAAUCAGAACUUAUUUUCUGUGUCAUCUGCCCGAAAGAUUUGUAGUAUUGGGGGUACGCGUCGCCUCAUUAUGCUCUAAUAACGAUAUGACGUCUUAGAUAAUGGUGAAUCUGUGGAGAGCGGGUCUCUCUACGAUAUUAUAUAACUACAUCUACCAGAACGAUUUAUUCCUCGCCCAAGUCACUGUUAUUAUGAGAGUGAAGUUGUGUCAAGUUAGUCGUCGUAAUUGUUUGCUGUACACCGCUCAGAGCCUGAGUGCCUUUAGAGCGCAAUAUGCUCUUAAAUCGGAGAGCAUCGUGUCUGCAGCCGGUUUAUCAACAAUCACGGAAGAAGUGGAAUGAAGAAGUGGAAUGUUCAAUGACAGUCCGAUAGCUGUGUGAAAAAAUCGAGUGCUCCAAAUCUAGUCAAUCUAGUGCGUUAAACGGUGUACCCGGCAUAAUUACCCGUUCAUCACAUAUCUUCGAUAGAAUCCAAUAGACUGGCGCUCGCUGGAUCCUAUUGCAAUGUCAUUAGACUAGAAAUCGCCUUUUGAUAUCAACUAUUUCCCAGAAGGCGUGUGAUGUAAUAAUGAUCUCUGAUAUUGACCAAUGCACGCUCGUGGAAAAAAACACGUGAUCUCGGGUUUCUUGUUAGCACCCUCCUCUCAGAUUAAGUUACGUAUUCGUGUCUUGUAUCAUGUAGGCUAACUUGACCACAGUGACAAUUCAUACAUAAGAAUCUCGACGUAUUCAAAGCGGAGCUGUUAUUUUGGUAUGUAGGUUACGUGUUAUAUUGUUGUAAAUAUUGUCAAAAGAUACUUUAUCCAGUUAAUGCAAUAAAUAUGUUGUUAAUAUUAAGAA